CUUCCGGGUCACUAUCAUGGCGUGCUCCUGAACAACAUGUGUAUUUAGAGAGACUCAUACCGGACAUUUAAUAAUAACUGAAUACAUUAUCGAUCAUGGCAUCAUUGGAGGAGGAUUUCCCUCGAGGAGGGUCAGCAAAGAAGCCCACGAAAAGUACAAUAGUGGUGCAGCGACCCGAAGUGGACAAUCUGUUCCAGUCAAAUGAACAAGCAGAAACAAAGAAAAGAAGGGCAACGAUCAAAGACGAUGUCAAGAAAGUCAAGAAGCAGAAAACGGGCAAAGAAAAAGACGGCCUCACUCUCAACACAGCAGCCAAGUGUGUAGAAAUCCUGCAUGCUAAGAAUGUGAAGGAGGGUAUGCUGAUGCUGGGCUGUGUGAAAGAGGUCACAGACUUUGAGGUGACCGUCAGUCUGCCGUGUGGUCUGCAAGGCUUCCUGAGCAUCAAGAACGUCAGCGACUCUUACACCAAGCUGCUCAGUGAACAGCUGGAUUCCACUGACACAGAGGAGAUCUGCUCCCUCCCUCACCUAUUCUACCCUGGCAUGGUGUUAAGAUGUAUAGUUGCCAAAUUGGACACGGCUAAAAGCGGGUCUACCAGCAUCCAGCUGUCGGCCAGUCCGAAAUUGGUCAACAAGGCUCUCAAUUCAAGCUCUCUGAAAGCUGGCAUGAUCCUGAGUGGAUGUGUGGAGAGUGUGGAGGAUCACGGCUGCAUCAUUGACAUUGGCAUCAGUGGGUCCAAAGCCUUCCUCUCUGCGAAAGCUGUAAAAGACCAACACAACAACCUGGACGAGUUGAAAGUGGGUCAGUAUUUGACUUGUAAAGUGGAAGAAGUCAAGAAUGAAGGACGAGUGGUCCGACUUUCUGCCAGUCCCUCAACCUUCGCCCAAGCCUGUGCUGAGUCCGAGCAGGGCUGGAACCUCACCAACCUGCUGCCUGGUCUUCUGGUCAAAGCUACCAUCAAAAAGGUGACGAAACAUGGUCUGAUCGUGGACUUCCUGUCCUCCUUCACCGGUCAGGUGGACUUUCUCCAUAUGGAGCCAGAGCAGGCAGACAAGUACACAGAGGGAAAGGAGGUGCGAGCCUGUGUGCUGUACUUGGAGCCCUCCAUGCGCCUGGUGGGUUUGAGUCUGCGCAGCUACCUCGUUCAGCCUGAGCAAAGAGUUGAGCCUGUCUCUGCUGGCGGUGAACGCAUUGGUGAGGUGGUGAAAGACUGUAAAAUGACGGUCGUUCACCACAUGUCCGGAGCGUUGUUGGAACUGCCGGACCAAACGUUGGCAUUUGUACACAGGAACCACCUGAAGGAGUCAAACGAACCACCAAAUGAGAACAGAGUGUUGGCAAAGCCUGAGCACACCUGCAGGAUCCUGGACUUCAGUGUCAUUGACCAAAUCCACUUUGCAAGUCUGCGCAAGAGUGUGAUUGCAAGGCCUUUUUUUAGAUAUCAUGAUCUUCAGCCUGGUCAGGUUGUAGAGGGGAAAGUGUCAGUCCUGCUGGAGCGUGGGAUGAUGGUGCAUAUUUCUGACCACAUUAAAGGCCUGGUGCCUAAGAACCACCUGUCUGACAUUAUCCUCAAAAACCCAGAGAAAAAGUACUCGGAGGGCAUGAAGGUCAAAUGUCGGGUGCUGUCAGUAGAUGUGGAGAGUAGGAAGCUGUAUCUGACCAGGAAGAAGGCCCUGGUCGAAAGCUCCCUGCCGCUGUUCCUCACCUAUGCCGACGCUCGUCCGGGCCGCAUGUCCCACGGUUUUAUCGUCUGCAUCAAAGACUUUGGCUGCAUCGUUCGUUUCUACAACAACGUCAAGGGCCUGGUGCCGAUCAGUGAACUCGGAACUGAGGCCAUCGUUAAUCCUGAGGAGAUCUUCUAUGUUGGACAGGUGUUAAAGACUAAAGUUCUCAAGUGUGAUCUGGAGAAGGAAAAGAUACUGUUGUCAUUCAAAGCUGCAGUGGAGGGAGACACCGAGGCAGCUGUCGAGCCACAGGUCGACUGUGAGGUGGGAAAACCUCUGGAGGUCAAGGUGCUGAAAAAGUCAAUCGUUGGAGUGGAGGUCGCUAUCCUCCCUGACGAGAUACAAGCAGUUUUACCCACCAUGCACCUCUCUGAUCAUGUGUCCAACUGCCUGCUGCUGUGGGAGAGCCUGCAGGAGGGAGACGUCAUCUCGAACGUCAUGUGUUUCAACAAGAACAAGCGGCACAUCUCUCUCACUAAGAAGCCAACAGUGAGGUGGUCCCUGGAGGAGGGAGCGGUUGCCAAGGAUUUCUCAGAGAUCACAGUUGGGAUGCAGCUGAUCGGCUGGGUCAAGAACAUCAUGUCCUAUGGCGUGUUUGUUGAGUUCCCGUACGGCCUUGUUGGUCUAGCACCCAAGUCGGCCAUGACCGACAAGUUCAUCAGUGACACGGCGGUUGCCUUCCAGCUGGGCCAGACUGUCAUUGCUAAGGUGACGAACCUCGAUGAGGAAAAGCGCCGCUUCCUGGUCACGUUGAAGAUUUCAGAGGUCAUCGCUCCAGAGGCGGACGCCCAGACCAGACUUAUCUACGGUCUGCAGGAGAGAAGAGCUGUGGGUGACAUGUUGGCAAUGAGAGGUAACAGUGAGCUUCGCCAGCAGCUGGCUGCUCUCACUGUUGGUCAGAAGCUGAAGAUGACCGUAGACACUGUGGACGGCAACGGGGCAACAUUUAAAUCUGACGAUUUGGGCGAUGCUACCAUACUGGCCAGCAAGUACCAUGUCAUGGGCGUUAACUUGACAGCAGGACAGAAAGUCACCGCAGUCGUCCUUUACGUUGACAUCCUGUCCAACACCGUCCAUGUGUCUCUCCUGACGAAACUGUUGAUGAAGAAGAAAUCUUUAAGUGAAGGAUCUAAAUACACCGUGAUGGUGCAGCACAUAGACAAAGAGUUUGCCGUCAUCUCACUGGAUGACACCGCACAGCUCACUGUGAUCCAAACCAGCAGCCACCUGAACGAGGUGUUCCUCUCCGAGUCAGAGAAGCUGAAGGGGGGCAUGAUUUUGGAGGCUGAGGUCAUAGAACCCAGCUUUCAGGAACUGCAAGGGCUCCCUCUGGUGUCAUGGAAACGCACUGCACCCAAACGACUGCGCACGACCUCCGAAAACCAGAUGAGCUCCCGAGGUCACUGCUUUGGCGAAAUCCUGCAGGGGACAGUGAAGACGGUAAAGCCCACCUGCAUUCAGGUGACACUAGAGGACGGAACCACGGGCAGUGUGCAUGUGUCGGAGGUGAUGGAGGUCGACAAAGUGUCUCUGGGUUCUUUCCCGACGUCCUCGGUGAAAGUGGGCAGUAGCGUCACUGUCAGGGUCAUUGGAGGACGAGAAGCCUCAAGUCAAAGAUUCUUGCCGUUUUCUCAUCCCAAAUUCACAUACACCAUUCCUGAGCUCACACUUACGCCAAGCAAACUGGAUAAAAGUGUGGAUUUCAAACAAGUUACAGUGAAAGACAAAGUCAGCAGCUAUAAGGUCGGGGACGAAAUUACAUGCUUUGUAUCAAAGUUUAAUCCAGAGAGGAAGUCUUUGGAGGUCACGAUUAACCCCGGUGUCACUGGCACGGUUGAACUUUUAGCCAUGAUCACUGACCCAAAAAAUGGCAGUCAUCCAGAGAAACUAUACAAGCUGGGCCAAGCAGUCCGUGCCACGGUGGUCGAAAUUAGCUCCAAACAUCGUCCCUUUGUGCUGUCACUCACAGGUGGCCAUAAACUGGAGGAAGGCACCGUGACUUUGGGCAUCGUGACUAAUGUUCAGCCGCAGGUUGGUCUCCUGGUCAAGCUUCCCUUUGGAGGCAUGGGCACUGUUGCCGUCACUGAACUGGCCGAUGCCUACAGGCCAAACCCUCUCGCCGGGUACAGCAAGGAUCAGCUUCUCAGGUGUUUCCUCCUGGAGAGCGAAAACGACAAGUGGCAGUUGUCUUUACGCCAAUCAAGACUGAACCCACAGCAGGACAAGCCCGUGAAAGACCCCGAGGUUUUAUCUUUUGACAAACUGAAGGAGGGCGAGAUCAUCAGAGGCUACGUCAAGUCUGUGGGAGAGCAGGGCGUCUUCAUCAGGUUGUCUUGGCAUAUCAUCGGCAGAGCGCAGCUUCAACAGUCCACCAAUUACUUUGUUAACAGUCAUAAAGUCCUUUCUACACACCUGCCUCCCAACACUCUGCUCACCACAAAGAUCCUCAGUAUUGACAAAGAGGAGGAGUACGUCAACCUCUCGCUUCUCCCCGUGGACACCGGGAAGCCAGACGUUCUCCCAGAGUCUCUCGGUCUGCCACUGCGUCUGGUCGGAGAGGAGAAGAAGAAACACGACACUAAGAAGAAGAAGAAACGCACACUGUCUGAGAGCGAACAGAAACAAGCCGAGUCCCAAGUUCCCAAGAAAAAGAAGAAAACAAAGAAAUCCAAGACCGACGAUAGCGACAGUGGAGUUGAGGUGUACUUCAGAGAAGAGGAGGAUAAGGAAGAGGAAGAACCCAAACCUGAGCCUCCAAAGCAGGUGAAGAGCAGCUCAGCAGCUCCAUCCAGACUACAGGUGGCAGCAGGUUUCUCGUGGGAUGUGGGUCUAAACUCCCUUAAACCUGCCUCUGCAGCUCGAGAUGCAGACUCCAGUGAUGGAGAGGAACAGGAAUCAAGCAGUAAGCCCCAGAAGAAGUCCCGUCAUGCGCUGGAGCAGGAGAAAAAAGCGGCAGAGAAGGCGCUGGUGCGACAGGAAACGGAGCUCAUGGAUCCAAGCCUUCGGCCGGAAGACGCAGCCGCCUUUGAGCGCCUGCUUCUCGCCUCCCCCAACAGCUCUCUGCUUUGGCUCCAGUACAUGGCUCACCAUCUUCAGGCCACGCAGAUCGAACAGGCCCGAGCUGUGGCUGAGAGGGCUCUGAAAACCAUCUCCUUCAGGGAGGAGCAGGAGAAGCUGAAUGUGUGGGUGGCCCUGCUGAACCUGGAGAACAUGUACGGCACCGAGGAGUCUCUGAAGAAAGUGUUUGAGCGGGCGCUGCAGUUCUGUGAGCCAAUGCCCGUCUACCAGCAGCUGGCCGACAUCUAUGCCAAGUCCAGCAAGAUCAAGGAGGCGGAGGGCUUGUACAAGACGAUGGUGAAGCGGUUCCGUCAGAAUAAAGAGGUGUGGCUGAGCUACGGAUCCUUCCUGCUCCAGCAGGGUCAGAGCGACACUGCCAGUUCUCUCCUGCAGAGGGCACUGAAGAGUCUGCCCACCAAAGAAAGUGUGGAUGUAAUCGCUAAGUUUGCUCAGCUCGAGUUCCGUUACGGUGAUGCGGAGAAAGGUAUCACCAUGAUGGACAAAGUCCUGACAAGUUAUCCCAAACGCACGGAUCUCUGGUCCGUCUUCAUUGACCUCACGAUCAAACACGGAUCACAGAAGGACAUCAGGGCGCUCUUUGAUCGCGUGAUCCACCUGAGUGUUUCCGUGAAAAAGAUCAAGUUCUUUUUCAAGCGCUACCUGGAGUACGAAAAGAAGCACGGCACCCCGCAGAGCAUCCAGGCGGUCAAAGAGAAGGCCAUGGAGUUUGUGGAGGCUAAAGGCACCGAGGCCGCAAACUAAAAUAGUUUCGCAUAGAUUUUUAAAGUCAUCUGUAUAAAUCAUCAAAUCAUGUUUAAAAACAAACUACUAUCUAGCAUUUCACCAGCUUUCCUUUUAAUCAGUUUUGUAAAUGUAAAUGAACAUGAGCUAAGGGUAAUGAAAAUGACAUUA